AUGAUUUAUUAUUUAGAUAAAACUUGGGUCAAUGCCGGUCACACCAUUACCAAAAAAUGGGUUAACUCAACUGUCACAAGUGCCAGAGAAGCAUUUCUUAAUGAUUUGUCAACAGGCGUGAAAGAUCCGAGUGGAAAAGAGGAUGGGAUACUUAUUUUCGAGCCUAAAAAAAAGGGUGACUAUCACGAAGAAAUGAACUUGGAAAUUUUUGAGAAGUGGUUUAAAAAUAUUUUAACAAAAGUGGAGGACAAUGCAGUUAUUGUUAUGGAUAACACUGCGUACAACAGCAGAAGGUCAGAGAAAGUACCAACUGCAAAUAUGAGAAAAGCAGAAAUUCAAGCUUGGUUGGAAAGUAAAAACAUUGCUUUUGAAUAUGACAUGAUCAAAGUGGAGUUGCUGCAAUUGGUAAGAGAAAAUCGUCCACUGGAAAAUAAAUGCGUUGUGGACGAAAUAGCGAAAGCUGCGGGAAGAAUUGUACUACGUUUACCGCCUUACCAUUCCCAAAAUAAUAGAACGUACAAGCUGGAUGUUGUUAAAGGUUUAUUUCUCCAACAUGUAAAGGACAUUUUGCCAGCGAACUGA